AUGGACAAGAUGGACUACUGCGCGUCGCUGCGCAACAUUGAGGGGGCGCUGGAGUCCAGCCCGAAUGUCAAGUUUGUGAAGGGCGACAUUCAAAGCAUGGACCUGCUCACCUUUGUGCUGUCGGCCGAGAAGGCAUUCACCAUGAACAACACCUACGGCACCCAUGUGUAUGGCGAGACCAGCCUGGGCAAGGAUGAGGGUCUGCAGGAGCACAGCAUGCUGGAUCCCACCAACCCCUACUCUGCGGCCAAGGCCGGCGCUGAGAUGAUGUGCAAGGCCUACCAGACCAGCUACAAGCUGCCCGUCAUCAUCACGCGCGGCAACAACGUCUACGGCCCCCACCAGUUCCCCGAGAAGAUGAUCCCGAAGUUUGUCAUCCGUGCCAGCCGCGGCGCCGACCUGCCCAUCCACGGCGACGGGGAGGCGGUGCGGUCCUACCUGUUUGUGGAGGACGUGGCGCGCGCCUUUGACGCGGUGCUGCACAAGGGUGUCACUGGUGAGGUCUACAACAUCGGCACUGACAAGGAGCGCACCGUGCUCGAGGUGGCUCACGACAUUGCCAAGGCCUUCAAUUUGAGCUCCAGCAAGGUGGUCCAUGUAAAGGACCGCGCAUUCAAUGACAGGCGCUACUACAUUGGCAGCGACAAGCUGGGCGCUCUGGGCUGGAAGGAGACCACCAGCUGGGAGGAGGGCCUCAAGAGGACCAUCGACUGGUACCUCAACACCAGCUGCGAGGAGUACUGGCAGGGCGAUUUGGAGGCGGCCCUGAGGCCCCACCCCCUGCUGGUCGGCACCAGCCUCACGGGCGACCCCUCCAAGCUCGUCAUGUAG